UAGAAACACUCUUGUAUCUAAUUUUCUAAAUUCUACUUGAAUUCCAGUUUAUUUGAACAGUUUAUAUUUUUCGGUAGUAGCAAAGAUAUUAUUUUACCAAGCAUUAUGAACAAGAUGUGUACAACAAUUGCAGUAUCUAUUCUCAACACGCUUAUUUUGAUAGCAACCCCGUCGAGUGCUCAUCUAUAUCGCCAUUUCAAACCAGCAAGAAUGCCGAUGAUCAUUUCCAAACUUCCAAAUAUAGUUUACCCAAGACCACCAGGCCUCAAUAUGCCAGGUCAAAAUGUGAUUUCAAAUGCUCAACUUCCAAUGAUACCCCAGAUUCCUGCGAUUCCACAGAUUCCCGCCAUUCCGACUCAGCAGCAGAUCGUACGUCCAAUGACAGGAGAGUUCUGGCAGACACAGUCUAAUAUGAUACAGAGAGUUCCGGCGGCUGUUUCGAGAUGUCGCACGAGCCGUGGUUGUGCCUCUGGUGAGGAGUGUGUGUUCUCUGAACAGUGGCAGUGCCCGGACUGGAUCCCUAACCUUAACUGCCAGUGUAGACAGGGUUGUCGUCACCAAAACACCUUUAUACCGUUCGGAAAGUCAGUCAUCGUGGAUAAAUGUGGUAACAAAUGUUCCUGCUUCAAUGUGUACGGUACUCCAGAGUGUUCUUACGAGAGUUGCUGAACAAUGAACGGCGCUUCAGAGUUUCUUUGAGAGUUGCUGAAAAUAUUUUGAGACAUUUUUUUACUCCGAAAAAGACUUCUUUUGAGAAACUUUAAGCAAAAACUUGCUUUAAAUGUGUAUUCGAGACUUGCCGGACAAGUCUUUCCUUUCUCUGAACAAGAUAUCUUCUAAAAGUACUUUCGUUGAACAUUUUUCGAUGUCUCCGAUAGUUUCAGAAAAAGUAGCAAUCACUCCAAAGGUUCAGAACAACUGUCAACCUCAAAAAUUCUUCCGCCGAGGCUUGGUGAAAAAGGAACAUUUGUUUCUUGACAGAAUUGCUGGACAAUUCUUCCUCUGAACAAGUGUCUCUUCGAGGGCUGGCAAAUAAAUAUGUAGACGAGACUGUUUACCUAGAAGACUUGCUUGACAAGUUUUCCUCUGCAUACACCACUUGGAGUGCUGUUGAACGGGUAUGAAAACGAUCACAGAUAUCUCACAGACUUGUUGAAAAGGUCUGUUUUUCUUCAAAUGCAUGGUUAGUACAUCCCUGGUACUUGCCGGACAAAUGCUGACAAUUUGACACUGGCUAUGUAAGACUCGCUGAAUUAUUGUUUUAGUUUGGUAGUAACUUUGGACAUGUUUUAAGUCGAAAGUUUUUGAACGUUUAACGUGUUAUUUGAUAGCGAGCACGUUUUUCUUACGGAUUCAUGGUCCAGUACGUUCACGUUCAGUGUGAAUUAUUGAAAGUGACACUUUUACGUAAAGACUGUAUGAAUAUUCUUAUCAAAUUAUUGUACUACAAAUUCUUGAUUGUGAAUCAGUGCAAAUCUUCUCCGUGAUUUAAUAAGAACGAGAAAAUCGAUAUUGAUUUGUUUUCAAAUGUAUACUUUGAAUUUUAAAUUCAAUUCCUGUAGUCUACAGGUACAAUUUAUAUAUAAUAAUUCCGCCAAUAUUUACAAUGAAUCUUGUUUCCGAUAUCUAUAUUACCUCUUCCUUACACAUCCUGCUUCACUGAGACUGAACUGAAUUCGUUAUUCCGGUUGCCUAAUUUAAAUCCAUUCAUGUUCCACUGUAUGUAUGUGCUAUGCUUUUUCUUAUAGCGUAUAAUGACAGACAAGUGUCAGAAAUCAUUUCUUAUUUAUUCAUCCCAAUAUCUUACCAUUAUUUUGUA